AUGAAGGGUUUCCUCGGUCUGGCACUGCUGCCGCUCCUCACAGUCGCCUCCCCCGUGGGUGUGGAGUCUAUCCACAAUGGAGCUGCUCCCAUCAUCUCUUCUAUGAACUCCCAGGAGAUCCCAGACUCCUACAUCGUUGUGUUUAAGAAGCAUGUCGAUACUUCCGCUGCUGCCGCCCACCACAGCUGGGUGCAGGACAUCCACGCCACCACCAACGGGCGUAUGGAACUUAAGAAGCGCGGCCUCUUUGGCUUCGAUACUGAUGCCUUCCUCGGCGUCAAGCACUCCUUCCAUGUGGCUGGUUCACUGAUGGGUUAUGCUGGCCAUUUCCACGAAGAUGUCAUUGAGCAGGUCCGCCGGCAUCCGGAUGUCGAGUACAUUGAGAAGGACUCUGAGGUCCACCACUUUGAGGGGCCCUCCGUUGAGAAGAACGCUCCUUGGGGUCUAGCACGUAUCUCCCACCGUGAUAGCCUUUCCUUCGGCAGCUUCAACAAGUACCUGUACGCCGAGGAUGGUGGUGAGGGUGUCGAUGCGUACGUCAUCGAUACUGGCACCAACACCGAGCACGUUGACUUUGAAGGUCGCGCCAACUGGGGCAAGACUAUCCCCGAGGGCGAUGCUGAUGAGGAUGGAAACGGUCACGGUACUCACUGCUCUGGUACUAUUGCCGGUAAGAAGCACGGUGUUGCUAAGAAGGCCAACGUCUACGCCGUCAAGGUCCUCCGCUCCAACGGCUCCGGCACUAUGUCCGACGUCGUCAAGGGUGUCGAGUGGGCUGCCGAGGCUCACAUCAAGAAGGCCAAGGCUGGCAAGAAGGGCUUCAAGGGUAGCGUUGCCAACAUGAGUCUCGGUGGCGGUAGCUCCCGCACUUUGGAUCUCGCUGUGAAUGCCGCCGUCGAUGCUGGUAUUCACUUCGCCGUCGCUGCUGGCAAUGACAAUGCCGAUGCUUGCAACUACUCCCCCGCCGCUGCUCAGAAGGCCGUUACCGUCGGUGCCUCCACUCUCGCUGAUGAACGUGCCUACUUCUCCAACUUCGGAAAGUGCACUGACAUCUUUGCUCCUGGCCUGAACAUCCUGUCUACCUGGAUCGGCAGCAAGUAUGCCGUCAACACCAUCUCGGGUACCUCCAUGGCCUCCCCCCACAUUGCCGGUCUGCUGGCCUACUACGUCUCCCUCCAGCCCGCCGAUGACUCUGCCUUCGCUGUCGAGAAGAUCACCCCGAAGAAGCUGAAGGAUGCCCUCAUUGAGGUUGCUACCUCUGGCGCUCUGACCGACAUUCCCUCCGACACCCCCAACCUCCUCGCCUGGAACGGUGGUGGUAACUCCAACUACACCGAGAUUAUCGCUCAGGGUGGCUACAAGGCCGGAUCUACUGUCGAGGAUUUCGAGGAGCGCGUCCACGGCCUCGUCAACCACGCUGAGCAGAUUAUGCACAAGGAACUUGGUGCUAUCUACAGCGAGAUCAAGGGCGCUGUUGCCGCUUAG